AUGCAGUUGAACGCGUGUUUUGUAUUUUUGUUGGUCGGUUUGUCGUUGUCGCGGGCGAUCCCAGCGGAGAAGAAAGAAGAGACGAAGAAAGAGUUGGAAGAGACGGAGCCAGAGAUAGAACAGACUGGAGAAGACACUGACAGGUCUAAAAAGUCGGUAUUUUUAAUGGAUCAAUUGUCAGAAGUACCCAGAGCUCGAGGUUUCAGUAUUCAAACACCUUCAAAUCUACAAGCCUUGAACAUCAAACAACCUGGAGGCGUAUCUGAGACAAUCAGCAUCCAAAGUCCACAACCGAGUCCUCAAUCUCCUCAGAGAUUUAAUAUCAGAUCAGGAUCAGGAAUUUCUGAGACUAUUAACAUCCAGAAUCCACAACCGGUUCAGACUCUGAAUAUUCAGAGUCCUCAAUCUUCUCAGAGAUUUAACAUCAGGUCAGGAUCAGGGAUAUCUGAGACUAUUAACAUCCACAAUCCACAACCGGUUCAGACUCUCAGCAUUCAGGGCCCUCAAUCUGCUCAAACAUUGAACAUCAAGCCAGGCGCAGGGAUUUCUGAAACUAUUAGCAUCCAAGGGCCGCAACCUGUUCAAACUUUGAGCAUUCAACCAGCGUCAGGGCCUUCUGAGACUAUUCGUAUUCAAGGAUCGCCAUCUGUUCAAACGUUCAACAUCCAGCCAGGUUCUCAGGGAGUCCAAACGCUGAGCAUUCAAGGCCAGCCUCUUCAAACUUUCAGUGUCAAGCCAGGUUCGCAAGUUCAGUCGUUCAGCAUUCAAAAUGGUCAGUCGGCGAAUGUGAUAAUGGGCCCUCACAACACCAAGACCGUUCAGGUGAUCCAUCCUGGUCAAGGUGGUUCUCAAACUAACGUGAACAUCGUGCAACCUUCGGUGAAGGAGGUGGACAUGCCGGUUGUCGAGAAGAUCACUCGAACGGAGAAAAUCGUAGAGCCCGGGGUUGUUGUUUCUGAGGUGGAAAAGGAAAUUGUCUCCCCUGUGACGCCUGUUUUUAGAGAACAGCUGAUUCUAGAUCCACAAUGUUCUUGUUUCCUAUUGGCAGAACCAGAGGCUCUGGCAGCUUUCUUCAAGUAUCCUCAGCUGAGAUUUGGCAAACAGAGGAUCUGCUGCGCUGUGAGACCCAAGGUGUUGGUUGAGCAACCAGUGAAGCUUUUGGAAGUUAUAGAACGCGCUUUGGUAAGCGCGUAG